GGAACGCGUCGAGGUGAAUACGCGGAAAAGUGGUGGUUAAAUAUACUCAGAUAACCUCAAACGUCUGGCUCAGCAAAAGGCCUACAGAACACACGUAAUCCAAUCCAAAACAAUAAAUUGAGCUUUGCAUUUCCUAUUCACAAUACAUAAAAUAAUAAGAACACCAGAGAAAGACAAUCAAUUGGCAAGGCAAAUUAAGUCUAAUGAGAGUGUAUGAGAAGAAGUCUUUCUAUGAAAAUAUAUUAAAACACAAUGCGAAAAAAUAUAUUCCUUAUUUCUCUAAUAAUCGCUCUUGGCAGCGGCAUGCCAGUCAACAAGACCGUUGUCCUACGCAGCGGUCUUGGUGGUUUUAAGUUCAUCAUACAGUUUCGUACGAUUUGUAAAAAUCACACAACUGAAUCACCGAACUUUUCAACCGACAUCGCAUACGAAGACGGAACAUCAACAAACUUGCCAUUUACUACAGAAAAUCCGUUAUACUACACAGAGAUUACAUCAACAUCAACAGAAGACGCAAACUUUUAUCUCUCUCAAGCCUACUCAAAUCAAAAAUAUCCGCUUGACGCCACCACGUUUGCAAUAACUGAUCCGAAUAUAGCUAGUACCACAACGCAAAUAACCAGCACAAGCACGGAGCAGUCUUUUGAUAAAUACGAUAAGUCUACACUAGAGAGUGGAUCACUGAUAGUGGCGGCCAACUCCAUUAAAGAGACUUUGUCAACAAAAUCGCAGUCAACAAUAGCCACAAGCCAAUAUGGUAGCACUCCAGACCCAACGACGCCUGAGUCACACAGAGGAGGGGGUACAAUGAUAGCAAAUUCAUUAAGCGACGACUUCUCAAAAGUCCUAACAUCCAUCUCAACUUCUUCUAAGAUGGAUUCGGUACCUACGGAAGAAAGUCCGACACCUCAAGAUUCGUCCAGCUUUUCUGAAGAUGUUACGUCCUCUACAUAUGACUCAUCUAAGACAACCGGCUCUACUGUGGAUGUUAAAUCCUCUACAGAUGACACAUCUACCACUUCUGAAGAUUCGUCCAGCUCUUCUGCAGAUGUUACGUCCUCUACAGAUGACCCACUUACGACACCCGAUGUUUCUUCCAGCUCUACUGCGGAUGUUACAUCCACUGCAGAUAACACAGAUACUACUUCUGAAGAUUCUUCCAGCUCUUCCGCGGAUGUUACAGCCUCUACGGAUGACACAUCUACUAAUUUCGCAGAAUCUUCCAGCUCUACUGCGGAUGUUACAGCCUCUACAGAUGACACAUCUGUCACUCCUGAAGAUUCAUCCAGCUCUACUGCGGAUGUUACAUCCUCUACAGACGACACAUCCGUCACUCCCGAAGAUUCGUCCAGAUCUACCGCAGAUGUUACAUCUUCUACAGAUGACACAUCCGUCACUCCUGAAGAUUCUUCCAGCUCUACUGCAGAUGUUACGUCCUCUACAGAUGACCCACUUACGACACCCGAAGAUUCUUCCAGCUCUACCGCGGAUGUUACAACCUCUACAGAUGACACAUCCGUCACUCCUGAAGAUUCUUCCAGCUCUGCAGCGGAUGUUACAUCCUCUACUGAUGACGCAUCUACUACUUCUGCAGAUUCUGCCAGCUCUACUGCAGUUGUUACGUCCUCUACAGAUGACCCACUUACGACACCCGAAGAUUCUUCCAGCUCAACCGCGGAUGUUACAACCUCUACAGAUGACACAUCCGUCACUCCUGAAGAUUUUUCCAGCUCUGCAGCGGAUGUUACAUCCUUUACUGAUGACGCAUCUACUACUUCUGAAGAUUCUUCCAGCUCUACUGCAGAUGUUACGUCCUCUACAGAUGAUCCACUUACGACACCCGAAGAUUCUUCCAGCUCUACCGCUGAUGUUACACCCUCUACAGAUGAAACAUCCAUCACUCCUGAAGAUUCUUCCAGCUCUACCGUGGAUGUUACAUCCUUUACUGAUCACGCAUCUACUACUUCUGAAGAUUCUUCCAGAUCUACUGCAGAUGUUACGUCCUCUACAGAUGACACAUCCGUCACUCCUGAAGAUUCGUCCAGCUCUACAGCGGAGGUUACAUCCUCUACUGAUGACGCAUCUACUACUUCUGAAGAUUCUUCCAGCUCUACCUCGGAUGUUACAUCCUCUUCUGAAGAUUCUUCCAGCUCUACCGCGGAUGUUACAUCCUCUACUGAUGACACAGCUACUACUUCUGAAGAUUCUGCCAGCUCUACUGCAGAUGUUACGUCCUCUACAGAUGACCCACUUACGACACCCGAAGAUUCUUCCAGCUCUACCGCGGAUGUUACAUCCUCUGCUGAUGACCCACUUACGACACCCGAAGAUUCUUCCAACUCUACUGCGGAUAUUACAUCCUCUACAGAUGACGCAUCUACUACUUAUGAAGAUUUUUCCAGCUCAACUGCAGAUGUUACAUCCUUUACUGAUGACACAUCUACUACUUCUGAAGAUUCUUUCAGCUCUGCUGCGGAUAUUACAUCCUCUACAGAUGGCCCAUCUGUGACUCCUGAUGGUUCUUCGAGCUCUACUGCAGGUGUUACAAUGUCUACGAUGGGCGUGGGAACAACAGAGGAAAGUUCUACAACUCAAAAUUCGUCCAGCUCAUUUUCGGUCGUUACUUAUUCUACGAAUGACUCUUCUACGUCGAGUGUGGUAACCUCAGAAGAGAGUACAAAAGUUUAUGAUUUAAAUGCGCCGACAACGUCAACACCAGAAGAAGCCACAACUAUGGAGGAAACUAAUUUGAGUUCAACUACGGCGUUACACACCACCGAUAUUUACGGAGACACUGUGCCCGCUAAGUCCUUAGUGUAUACAACGGCUACCGAGCCGACUUCGUUAACAUACCCAACGUAUCCGCGGGAAAUGGCAACUGAAACAGGGCCCUUGUUAGGUGCGUUUGCAAGCGUCCUAGAAAGUUCCACAGCAGAACCAAGUGUGGAAACAGAAACCGCUAGCGAAGAGAGCACUUCCACAGAACUCUCUUCCAGCGCAACUUAUAAGUCGGUGUUGCGCGGUAAGAAUUGUGAUAUUUUUGUACAUUUGACAGUUUUGAAAUAAUAUAACGGUUAAUGUAUACAACUAAAUAUUAUAUAUAUCGCAAAUUCUAUACCUAAAAGUAUGGUAUUUUGAUACUGUGAUCAAUAAGUAAUUAUUUACUCAUAGAAUAUAUAUAAGGAAUAUGUCAGCUGUGACUUAUCUACGUUGAUAAAUGU